ACGCACUGCGCGAUCUUGUAUACCCGCCUCCAUGCGUCCCUAUAUAAGGCCUCAUUGUCGCCUCGGCCGCCCGUCCGUGUUUGUGACUGUGGGCGGAACAGCCAGCUCGAUAGAUCAUCUGUACACCCGUUCCAAACUCGCCAAGAUUGGAACUAGAGAAUGCUGCCCCUUCCCAGCUUCCGCGCCGCCACGGCACUGGCGAUCGUGCUGACGGCCACCCAGGCCGUGGUGCCCGCCUUCGCCGCGGCGCCCUACUGUCUCCCCGGAGAUGCCUGCUUCCCUGGCAGCGCCGAGCUGGACGCCUUCAACGCGACAGUCAACGGCGCCCUUCUCAAAUCUGUCCCGUACGGAAUGCCGUGUUACGGUGCUGCGUACAACGCGGCAGAGUGCAAGUUGCUAGCCGAGAUCAAGGGGAACGAGGACUGGCGAAGAAACCUGUCAGCUGGCAUGAUGUAUCCCAACUGGGAGCAGGACGGCCUGCUGGGUGAUAAGGGCGGCUGCCUUGUUCCCAAUCCGAAUCCAGAUGGGACGCCCCCUGGACCGGUCAGCGGCGAAUGCUCCCUGGGCGGGCUUCCGUCCUACAUGGUCAAGGCCGCCAGCGCCGACGAUAUUGCAAAGUCUGUCAUAUUUGCUGAAAAGCAUAACCUGAGACUCCGUGUCAAAAACACUGGGCACGACUACCUGGGCCGGUCAACCGAUGCGGGCGCCUUUUCUAUCUGGACAAGGCACAUGAACGAUGCCCGCCUUGUCAGGGGCUUUGUGCCAGAUGGCUGCUCAGCCCCUCCCCAAGAUGUCAUCUCUGCCGGCCCCGGGAUCGACGCUGCCGAGCUCUACCGUGCCGCCGCAGAGGUUGGUAAGGUCGUUAUUGGCGCGUCUGCAUCCUCGGUCGGUGUUACUGGCGGGUUUCUGCUUGGUGGUGGGGUUGGACCACUAAGCCCUCAUCUAGGCAUGGCAGUUGACAACCUAGUCCAGGCCGAGGUGGUAACGUCUGACGGGAAGAUGCUGGUUGUCAAUGCUUGCAACCAGCCAGACUUGUUCUGGGCGCUGCGCGGUGGCGGAGGCGCUUUCGCCGCCGUCACAAGAGCCUACAUCAAGGCGCACCCGGCCUUCAGCGCCAUCAACUCUGUUGCGGGCCAGAUCGGGUGUGCCAACCGGGCUUCAUAUGAAGGCCUGGUCCGAACCAUCGUCGACGCCCAGACUUCGUUGCAGGAGAAUGGGCAUACGGGUGUUUGGGCCUGCCAGCCAUCCCGCCUCGGCUGCAUGUACAUCUCCGUUGUGUCCUUUGGCAGCAACGACACAGUCUUUCCGGCCAGCGAGACCCUAGACGACUUGCAAUCUAUCUUGACUGUCAGCGGCUGUGCCAACAGCCUGAGAGCGACAACAUUUACCGGGUCGCGCUCCUGGAAUGAAGCAUACCAGGGUGUCAUUAGCCCCAUGGUAUCUGCCUCUGUCAGCGUCGGUCUUCCCGUGACAGUGCAUAGUCGGAUUGUGCCAAGACCUCUGAUCGAGAGUCCUGAGGGCCUUGAACGAAUCAAGGGUUUUCUCCUCGACUUGCCUUCGGCUUCCUCGUUUAUCUGGCAGAACACCGUUAGUGGAGCUGUAACCCAGGUUGAGCCCAACACUACUUCCGUGCAUCCAGCGUGGCGCAACGCCUUCAACUUCAUCAAUAUUGCAGUCCCCGGCACAUGGUCGGGUCUAACGCAGCAGGUGAUUGAUACCGGGCGGGCAAUCGUGGCCAAUGCCACCGCAGUCUUUGGGACUGCCGCGUAUUACAAUGAGGACUUCGUUCUGGAGGAGAACUGGCAAGACUCGUUCUUCGGCACCAACUACCCCAGGCUACUCGAAAUUAAGCGUCGCGUAGACCCCUCUCGCGUUUUCAACUGCCGCUUGUGUGUUGGCAGUGAGGAUGGGUUCUAAGAUAUCAAACCGUCCACUCCCAACCGUCUCCGAGCACAUACCUCUCCUUAUGCUCACCAAUGAUACAUCCCAGUUAGAGCCAUUUUAAUCUUAACAGAGCUUGACCCCAGACCCAGA